GAGAGGACCAGCCAUUUUACUUAUGGAAAACAGGGUGGCAUAUUCUGCUGAGCUUUACUCUGGAAGAAGCAUUUUUUAAAAAUCUACCCAGAGAAAAGAGAAGCAAUGUGUAUGUUAGUAUACAAUUAUCACAGCCAUGCAUGCCUACAAGCUGCUCUUUCGACAGGCUGUUGACCGCUGUUGCAAUUAGCUGAUUGGAGAAAGUGGAAUGCAGAAUGAUAAUGCUGCAUAUCUGCUAUCAGGCAGCAGGAAAGGGUUUUGUCUUGGGAAGGCAAGCCUUGCCUGCAAUAUUAUCUCAGCAGCUCCCUAGCUGCUUAUCCUGGAAACUAGUGAUCCAAAAGGAGGGUGUUGCCCUCUGCUAACACGGGUCCUGUGCGUGGCUGUUGCAUAUGAGCGGCAGGUCUGAAAAAGCAGGUGUGUGCUCGGAUGGGCAUUGGACUGUAACGCAGGCGGACGCUCUCGGUUUUACCUGCUUCCUGUUAACAGAUUGUUGGCUCACAGAGCAUCUGCUUGCACGCUGAGGCCGAGGAGGAGAAGGGGGUUUCAGACAUCCCACUUGGCUGACAGAGAAAAGGAAACAGACUCAGAGAAGUUAAACAACUUGCACAAGGUCACGCAUGUGGAGAAAGUAGGAUUCCAACAGAUCUGCCAGAUUCUAAACCCUGUGUUCUCAACAUUUUCCUAAACCUCCUGCUCAUGGGAACUGCAGACACUUGGAUUGGACUUAAUCUUAAACCUCGGGAGUUCAAGACCUUUUAAAAAGGGCUAAAUAAACAACCUCUACAUGUAAAAGGCCACUGCCUCCUACUUCCUCUGUUUAGAGCAACUGUGAAACCCAGCUGACCGUAGGAAAUCUGAAGACUUUAAUAACAAAACCUCCAAGGUCAAAAUGAAUACAGAUAGCGGUGGGUGUGCUCGCAAACGUGCUGCCAUGUCUGUUACGUUAACAUCUGUGAAGAGAGUUCAAAGUUCUCCAAACCUAUUGGCCGCAGGGCGUGAUUCUCAUUCACCAGACUCAGCAUGGAGAUCUUACAAUGAUCGAAAUCAAGAGACACUGAACGGAGAUGCUACAUAUUCCUCUCUUGCAGCAAAAGGUUUUAGAAGUGUUCGACCAAACCUGCAAGAAAAGAAAUCACCAACUCAGAGCCAGAUAACAGUGAAUGGCAACUCUGGAGGAGCCGUGAGUCCAAUGAGUUACUAUCAACGGCCGUUCUCCCCCUCGGCGUAUUCUCUCCCAGCCUCGCUCAACUCAAGCAUGAUCAUGCAGCAUGGCAGAUCCCUUGAUUCUGCAGAGACCUAUUCCCAGCAUGCACAGUCUCUGGAUGGUACCACCAGCAGCUCAAUCCCACUGUACAGAUCCUCAGAGGAAGAGAAGAGAGUGACAGUCAUCAAAGCUCCACAUUACCCGGGGAUUGGGCCAGUGGAUGAAUCCGGAAUCCCCACAGCAAUUAGAACGACAGUUGACCGACCCAAGGACUGGUACAAGACUAUGUUUAAGCAAAUCCACAUGGUGCACAAGCCUGAUGAUGACUCAGACAUGUACAAUACUCCUUACACAUAUAAUGCAGGUCUGUACCACCCAUCCUACAGCACUCAGUCACAUCCUGCUGCAAAGACCCAGACCUACAGACCUCUUUCCAAAAGCCACUCUGACAACGGCACCGAUGCCUUUAAGGAUGCAUCCUCUCCCGUGCCUCCCCCACAUGUUCCACCUCCGGUCCCACCACUCCGACCAAGAGAUCGGUCUUCAACAGAAAAGCAUGACUGGGAUCCUCCAGACAGAAAAGUGGACACCAGAAAAUUUCGGUCUGAGCCAAGGAGUAUUUUUGAAUAUGAACCUGGGAAGUCAUCAAUUUUGCAGCAUGAGAGACCACCCCCUCUCCCAACAUCUCCAACACCUGUUCCAAGGGAACCUGGCCGGAAGCCUCUUUCCACCUCACCCUAUGGAGAAGUCACGCGUAGCCCCUCCCCUCCGCCCAGGAGCGCCAUCCCCGCGCCAAACUCAUGCGCCCCAGCUCUCUCUCCCAUCCGGACUGAUCGCAUAAAUCCAGAUGACAUAGAUUUAGAAAAUGAGCCCUGGUAUAAAUUCUUUUCAGAACUGGAGUUUGGACGCCCGCCUCCUAAAAAGGCUCUGGAUUAUGUUCAAGAUCAUUCUUCUGGUGUUUCCAAUGAGGCCUCCAUAUACCAGUCUAUAGACAGAAGCCUGGAAAGGCCUGCUAGCUCUGCAAGCAUGGCCAGCGACUUCAGGAAACGGAGGAAGAGUGAGCCUGCAGUGGGUCCACCCAGGGGCUUGGGGGAGCAAAGUGCAAGCAGGACCAGCCCUGGUCGGGCAGACCUCCCAGGAUCCAAUGCCACCCUUAUGAAGUCUUUCAUUAGCUCUUCUCCGUCCUCCCCCUCAAGAGCAAAAGGUGGGGAUGAUAGCAAAAUGUGUCCGUCCCUUUGCAGUUACUCAGGGAUCAACGGCACCCCUUCCCCUGAGUUAGAGUACUGUAGCACUUAUAGACAGCAUUUGGACGUCCCGAGGGACUCACAAAGGGCCAUCACUUUCAAGAAUGGCUGGCAGAUGGCCCGGCAAAAUGCAGAGAUCUGGAGCAGCACAGAAGAAACAGUUUCCCCCAAAAUCAAAUCCCGUAGCUGUGACGACCUCCUCAAUGAUGACUGCGAUAGCUUCCCAGACCCCCAAACCAAGUCGGAAAGUAUGGGCUCCCUGUUGUGUGAAGAGGACUCCAAAGAGAGCUGCCCCAUGACCUGGGCUUCCCCUUACAUCCAGGAGGUUCGAGGUAAUGGCAGAUCAAGAAUCAGACACAGGGCAGCCCACAACGCCCCAGGGUUCCUAAAAAUGUACAAGAAGAUGCACCGCAUUAACCGCAAGGAUCUGAUGAAUUCAGAGGUCAUCUGCUCUGUGAAGUCGAGAAUAAUGCAGUACGAAAAGGAACAGCAACACAAGGGCUUACUCCAUGGAUGGAGCCAGUCCUCCACCGAGGAGGUGCCCAGGGACAUGGUACCCACCCGCAUUUCGGAAUUUGAAAAGUUGAUUCAAAAAUCAAAAUCCAUGCCAAAUUUAGGAGACGAAAUGCUCUCUCCCGUCACCCUAGAGCCACAGCAAAAUGGUUUGUGUCCCAAGAGGCGAUUUUCCAUCGAGUCUUUGCUGGAGGAAGAAAAUCAAAGCAGACACCCUUCUCAGGUGCAACGGAGCUACCAGUCUAACACCCUGGUGCCAAUCCACAUCGAAGUCACCAGCGAGGAGCAACCGAGAGCCCACGUGGAAUUUUCCGACAGUGACCAAGAUGGAGUGGUGUCUGACCACAGUGACUACAUUCACGUAGAAGGGUCAUCCUUUUGCAGCGAAAGUGAUUUUGAUCACUUCUCGUUCACGUCCUCUGAAAGUUUCUACGGCUCCAGCCACCAUCGCCACCACCAUCACCACCACCACCAUCACAGGCACCUCAUCAGUUCCUGCAAAGGCCGAUGCCCCGCGUCCUACACGCGAUUUACCACGAUGUUAAAACACGAAAGAGCCAAACAUGAAAACAUCGAGCAGCCCAGGAGACAAGAAAUGGACCCUGGCCUAUCUAAACUUGCAUUUCUCGUCAGCCCUGUGCCUUUCCGGAGGAAAAAGAAUGUGACUCCCAAAAAACAGACUGAAAAAGCAAAAUGUAAGGCUUCUGUAUUCGAGGCUCUGGACUCCGCCCUUCAAGACAUCUGUGACCAAAUCAAAGCUGAGAAGAGGAGAGGAAGUUUGCCAGACAACAGUAUAUUGCACCGUCUUAUCAGUGAGCUGCUGCCAGAUAUUCCUGAAAGGAAUUCAUCCCUCCGAGCUCUGAAAAGGAGCCCCAAGCACCAGCCUUUCCACCCACUGCCUCAAGAUGGUGCUAUUCAUUGUCCCCUGUACCAGAACGAUUGUAGGAGAAUGCCUCACAGUGCCUCUUUCCCAGACGUGGACAUCACCAACAGCUACCACCAGGACCCCGAGAGUGCACUGAGUCUCCAAGACCGCGAGUCUCCCAGAAGUUACUCAUCCACUUUGACUGACUUGGGGAGGAGUACGCCAAGAGAAAGAAGAGCAACUCCAGAAAAAGAGAAAUUGCCUGCUAAAGCUGUUUAUGAUUUUAAGGCUCAGACAUCUAAGGAGUUGUCAUUUAAGAAAGGAGAUACUGUCUACAUCCUCAGGAAAAUUGAUCAAAAUUGGUAUGAGGGAGAGCACCAUGGAAGAGUGGGCAUUUUUCCAAUCUCAUAUGUGGAGAAACUCAUACCUCCUGAAAAAGCACAGCCUGCAAGACCACCACCCCCAGCCCAGCCAGGAGAGAUUGGAGAAGCUAUAGCCAAAUACAAUUUCAAUGCAGACACCAACGUGGAGCUCUCACUGAGAAAGGGAGAUAGAAUUAUUCUUCUUAAAAGAGUCGAUCAAAACUGGUAUGAAGGUAAAAUUCCAGGAACCAACAGACAAGGCAUCUUCCCUGUUUCCUAUGUAGAAGUCAUCAAGAAGAAUACAAAAGGUGCUGAGGAAUACCCUGACCCUCCAAUACCCCACAGCUAUUCUAGUGAUAGAAUCCACAGCUUAAGUUCCAAUAAGAUACUGGUCUUGAUGCUUAGUUUAAAAAGCAAGGAAACUCUUUUGAGAGUUCAGUGCACUGGGAAUUUCUACCAAUAUUUCUCUUCCAAGCCACAGCGUCCUGUGUUUACUCAUGAAAACAUUCAAGGUGGGGGGGAACCGUUUCAGGCUCUGUAUAACUAUACUCCUAGGAAUGAAGAUGAGCUGGAACUCAGAGAAAGUGAUGUCAUUGAUGUGAUGGAAAAAUGUGACGAUGGAUGGUUUGUAGGAACCUCAAGAAGAACCAAAUUCUUUGGUACUUUCCCCGGAAACUAUGUCAAGAGGCUGUGAAUCACUCUCCCUCCUUAUUUAUGCCGCAUUUCAGCAACACGUCUGCAUAAAACUUGCCUGAGACAUCCCUGAAGGCCUCUCGUUGUCAUGCCUUAUAGUUUCCAAUACGCCAUCACCAUCCCCACCUGCCACCAUCAAACCACCAGCAGAGUAACUGCCACUGUGAGCCUUGGGGGAAACGUGGCAGACUUACAUUCAUGUGAAAGUGUAUAUUCCUGCUUUCUGCCCUAAACUUUGAAAUGUCAAUGUGUGGGAUCAGAAAGAAAAUCGUUUUUCUUAGAAAAGGUAAAAUAUUGAAGCCAAAAAGAAAGUGUAUCCAGGAUGCUCUCUGGUCUCAUGGUUGUACUUGGAAAUUUCUGAAAGAUGGUCUCCCCUGGGGCAACCAGAAGAUUGCUUAUUCCUAAAUGCUGUGGUUUGUAUUUUCACAUUCUUAGCUUGGCAUUCUAUUUUCCUUUCACAAGUUUGCCUAGUGUCCUGGUUUACACUAUAUGACAACUGUACUUCAGCUAUCGUUUGCCUGCACUUAUAUGUUGUUAUAUGCACAGUGACUAUAAAAUCUAAAGCAAGAGUAGGAAAGUUAAUUUGGAUGGGUGUGAUUUUGUUGAUUGAAUGUAAGUUUUCAAAUAGGAGUCUUUUCCUGCAGUUUUUUUUUUUUUUUUUUUGUACUUUUUAGAAGUGCAAACAGUGAGUGAAUAAGAGCCUUUGGUAAUUAUCAUGAGAAUACAAGAGGAUUAGCUAGGCUAAAAGAAAAAAAAACAUUGUGUUGUAAAGUUGCAUUGCUAUUUUAUAUUAAAAUGUAAUCAUCAGCAUCAUGAACAAUGAGCUCUUAGUGUUUUAUUUAUCUGAUAAAAUUUAAAUGAAAGCAGUGUUAGAGGUACAAAGAACUAUUCUAAUAUAGACACUUGAAAGUAUCUGUAAGCAAUAUUAGUAGGUAAGAUUUCACUGUGUGUACACAGGCGCAUUUGAGAUUGUAUGAGAACAUAUAAUCCAUAUGAUAUGUUGUACAUUUUAUGGAAAUGUAAAAGAAUCCCACAUAUUAUUUUAUAGAAAUAGAGUACUUCAGAAGCAUCACAAGUAUUAAGGCUGGUUUUAGCAAGGAUUAUGAUCAAUACAAUUAUUUUUACUAUAGUAAUUAUUUUUCUUCAGUGGAACCCAGAAUCCUGGCUAUAUUUGAGAACAGGAAUAUGUUGAGCCUGAUUUUCCUGGUAUGUGUAAAAUACUUCCUAGGAAUAAAUUAGGCACUUUUUAGAGACAAUGUUAAAUCAUUCAGGUAAUAUUUUUGCCCUAAAUUUGCAAAAUUACAUUGGACCUGAAAGAUUUAAUAAGGUUAACAGUGCCUGAAUUACACAUACCCUGAGAACUAGCUUUGUAUUUCUUAUGACUUUGCAUAAGAACUAUUCAUCUUUGGAUCUUGAGCACCUUAUAAACAAAACUUUUUAUGGCAUUUCUUCCGUGGACAAUGAUUGAUCUUUUCACAAUACAUAGACUCUUGAAUUUUGUACAUAUGUUUGUUCUUUUUUGUACAGACUAUUUAGUCAUUGAGAAAGCAGGGGGAUUUCCUAAUCUGAUCUUUAUCCUGCACUUAAACUUUGCUAAAACACUUUCAGCAGAAUACCCUUUACCUAUCUCACAGAUCACACCCUUUGAUAGUGUGAUUCUGUAAGGUAGCACUUAUGCAAAACUUUAUGAGUUUAAAAUAUCUUAGCAGCCAAAUUGAAAUGUAUAUAAAUAAUGAUUACAGAGGAAUUUCUUUAGGAAGAAAGUAAAGAAGCAUUUUUGAGUAGACCACCUUGAUUACCAUCAAGUUCACAAUCAGCUUUAUACUUUAAAGGUUUGGGGUUUGAAAUUAAGUCAACUGCAUGCAGAUUUGCUGAUAAAUGAAUAAUUCUCUUUGAUGCCAUUUAUGAGAGAAGACUUCAAUAUCUGUUGCCUGUCAUAUUUAAAAAAAAGUACUGUUUCUACUCUGUAUCUGAUUUUAAAAAGAAAAAUAUUCAUACCUGGAUUUCAGGUAAUUGACUUUGAAUUCUUACAAGCAGAGGUCAUUGUGUUUUUCUUGAGUAGACAUCUAAUAAAUUUUGCUUGGAAGUAUA